AUGGCGAGCGUUUUGAGAAAGGAAAAGAAGAUUCCGAGCCAGCUGAAGGACAAGCUGGUCCUGAAACGUGUUGAUCGGCUCCCGAAAGCCGUGCGCUUGUUGUACGGCUCUGACGAGCUUCCUCCCCGCUUCCCCGCUCCGGGGGGCAAGGAUAACUGGGAUGAUGAGGAGGAAGAGGAGGAAGUAAAGGAGACGGAGGUAAAACAAGAACCAAAAGUGUCAGAAAAAAAGAAAAUAGCAGAAAAAAUAAAAGAAAAAGAAAAGCUACAGAAGAAGAAGCAAGAGGAGCUUAAAAAAAGGUUAGAGGCGCCGGAGGAGCAUAAAGAGCUUACACCAGAAGAACAGCUAGCAGACAAACUACGACUAAAGAAAUUACAAGAGGAGUCAGACCUGGAGUUAGCAAAAGAAACCUUUGGUGUAAAUAACACUUGUGGAAUAGAUGCCAUGAAUCCCUCUUCAAAAGAUGACUUUACGGAAUUUGGCAAGCUACUAAAAGAGAAAAUUACACAGUAUGAAAAAUCCUUACAUUACGCCAGUUUUUUGGAAGCAUUAGUUCGAGACGUAUGUAUUUCAUUGGAAGUUGAUGAUUUGAAAAAGAUCACAAAUGCUUUGACAGUACUAUGCAGUGAAAAACAGAAACAAGAAAAGAAUAAAGCCAAAAAGAAGAAAAAAGGUGUUGUGCCUGGAGGUGGUUUAAAGGCUACUAUGAAAGAUGACCUGGCUGAUUACGGAGGAUACGAUGGAGAAUACGUACAAGACUUUGAAGACUUCAUGUGACAUUUAUCUCCCCUUCUGUUGUCUUUCUGUUGCCCAUAAUCCCUUAAACAUGUAGCACAACUUUUCUUCCUUUAAUUCUGCCAAAUGCUACAA